AAAAUUAAGGAUUAGGAAAAGAAAAACUCUAAAAGCACCCCAGGGGUACGCACUUGUCGCUCUCUCGCAAUUCCCUUCCCUCUCCGACACCGGAUACUGCGACGGCGAUGCGACUGCUCUGGGGGCACGACCAGGCGACGGCGCAACCCAGCUCAGAUCUGCAAUAGUUCCCACCUCCGGCGUUUGAUCACCUACGCAACGACACUGGGAUUUGCAACGACCUAACCUUUGGGUCGCUGGAUCUGCUACAGACACAGCGCGACGGCCCGAUCUACGGCGGGAAGUCAUUCCGGCGACGAUCGAGACUCACGGUAACUAACUCACUGCCUCAGUUCUCCUUCAGUUACGAUUCCGCAAGAUUCAAGUCUGCAGCGACGUUUUCAGGAAUUCGAACCAUUAGGAAUUGAAGCGCAUUAAGGACCAUAGUAGCAUGAAGCCAAUUUUUUGUGGAAACUUUGAGUUUGAUGCUCGACAGCCUGAUCUGGAAAGACUUUUUAGUCGAUAUGGAAAAGUUGAUAGAGUAGAUAUGAAAUCUGAAUUUUCUUUGGUGCAGGAUUUCCUUCGCAUAUUCAUAAUCUUCUUGGAUAAGGAUUGCUCUUCAGAAUUGAGUUUUCCGCCUGUGACAAGCCUCCUCUUCUUGUUUCCAAGAAGAUUCAUACCGAUCCUCAAUGGCACUACCACCUUACAUUUUCCUCAGAUACUUUGCUUCCCAUUCCUCAUGACUUUUGGCUGCCUACAAUUUCAUACGUUGUUUCAAGGUUGAAACAUUGUCAACCUUAGCUCUGAGGCUGCGGAAUAAUGGAGAAGGCACUUCCUAUUUGUAGACCUACCAUGAGACAUCCUGUUUUUCAUUGCUCCUUGACACCACUUAGUUCACAACACAAGGGUUUGCUUUUAUCUACAUGGACGAUGAGAGAGAGGGUGAGGAUGCUAUCCGUGCACUUGAUCGGAGAGAAUUUGGCCGAAAGGGCCGCAGGCUACGUGUUGAGUGGACCAAACAAGAGCGUGGCAUUAGAAGGCCUGGUGGAGGUGGAGGCGGAUCGAGGAGAUCCUCUACCAAUACAAGACCUUCAAAGACUUUAUUUGUUAUUAACUUUGAUCCAUAUCAUACUAGGACAAGAGAUUUGGAGAGGCACUUUGAUCCUUAUGGGAAGAUAUUGAAUGUAAGGAUUAGAAGGAAUUUUGCAUUUGUCCAGUAUGAACUGCAGGAGGAUGCCACUAGAGCAUUGGAGCUUACAAACAUGAGCAAAUUGAUGGAUCGAGUGAUUUCUGUGGAAUAUGCUGUUCGAGAUGACGAUGAGAAAAGAAAUGGAUAUAGUCCAGAUAGGAAUCAUGAUAAGUCUCCCAAUAGAAGACGGCGAUCCCCAAGUCCCUAUAGAAGAGAGCGAGGAAGUCCUGAUUAUGGCAAUGGUAUUAGCCGCAGUCCAUAUAGGAGACAAAGGGCUAGUCCUGCUUAUGGAAGUCGCCGAAGUCCAAGUCCUUAUCAGAGAGAGAGGGAGAGGGGUUCUCCUGAUUAUGGCCGUGGUCGUAGUCCCAAUCAUAGUCCUUAUAGGAGGGAGAGAGAGAUAUCAAGUGACCAUAUUAGGGCCCCUAGCCAUAGUCCUCCCCAUCAGAGGGAAAGACCAAAUGAUGACCGAGUCCCCAACCGAAGUCGCAGUCCUUAUGGGAGAGAGAGGGAGAGGGGCAGUCCUACUGGUGGGCGUGACACUGGCUAUGGUCCUCGUGAUAGAGAGAGGUCAAACCCGGACAAUGGUCAUGAUCAGCGGCAGAGUACAGAACUUGAACCCGGUGAGAGCCCCAGUUAUGGUGGCACUCAGAGCCCGAAGGAUCGAGGAUAUAACAGCAGCCGUUCACCUCAAGCAGAGGAAUGAUGAUCUAGAAAAUCGGAAGUGAUGUUGAUCUCAAUCCGCUUCAGACUAUGUUUAGUUGUAUAGUCAGUAUAAGUGGUAAACACAUGUAUUGUAAGGAUAAAGUUUGUGAUUUCUUUACAUUUGUGCUUUUUCAGUUUCUAGUGAUUAUAUGGAUAUGCUGUUAUAACCAGAUUUUAGUUGGCAAUCAAAAUACGUAGCACUCUGAUCCAUA